AACACGAUUCUUCUAAAUAAGACGAGAACAUUAGUUUACAUAAACAGUUUGGGUUUUUUUUUAUACAACAAAUGACUAAGUGGGUUGGAAUAUAUUUAAAUUAGCUGCAUGCAGUAAGGGAAAUUCAAGCUUCAGUAGGUUUUUUUAUCCUGAUUCUGAAGCUUUUAUUUGUCAAUAUUCAGUCUCAUAUUCAGUGUUUUCCCAGAGGGCUGGGCAGACAGAUUUUGCUUGGAUUUGAAUCCUAUUAUAUUUUCACCAGUAUACCAAAGGAAAUAAAUAAACAUGGGCAAUGCCAGGUAGAGGAAAAAAGGCUUUUUGGCUCUACAGAAUCUUCCAGUUGCUUUAAAAUGUCUCUGCAGAAGCCUAAUUAAAUUCUUUUGUGUAAUCUAUUUAUUCAUUUCUAUAUGCACUAAUCUUGAGAGACUUGAACAGGUAAACUACAGCCCCACACCUCCUCCUGUUCAACACCUAGUAUCAAUGACAGCAAUUCAUAUUAAAAGGCUGCAGGAGGCGCCAGAGGACGCGCAGAGGAUAAUCUGAUGGCGCCUUUAAAGUCAUUUCACAUCGAGAAACCAGGAGUCCAUGCAUGCGUGCUAUGUCUUUACAUACAGAGUCUGCGUUAGAGUUAAUAUGAUGCGCACAUGUGCCAGUUAUUUUCCCAACAAAUACCACCCCCCCCAAAAAAAACUACCACGCAGCUGACAAAAGGUGUCGAGACACAGAGAGAGGGGGAAACUGAGGAAACAAAGGAGGUAUUAAAAAAGAGAAUAGUCAAAUAAAAGCUCUUAAAUCGGAGUGAUUCGUUUAUAUUCAACAUAAAAGCCAGAUGAAGAAUGAAUAAAGAAAGUGCAAAGAAUAAACUGCCACGAAAAACAAACACAAAAAAAUAGGCGAGGACCGGUGGUUAAAUUCAACCUAAGACUUUAAAAAGUAGCAUAUCUGAACACACAAAUAACGUUAAUAAAUAAACAGAGUAUGCAAGUGUGUGCAAAUGUGUGAUAAUGAAAGCAUUAUCACCACAUCAAAAUGUGUCUCUGACGAAUAAACAACAGACAGAGUGGAACAAAAUCCCCAAAAAAGAAAAAAGAAAAAGAAAAUACACAAAGUGCACCGAGAGAAAAUUAACAUGGAAAAAAAAACCUAGAAAAACAUAAUCCUCUUAAUCACAAAGUUGAACCUUAAUCCUAGCUCACCUCGCAUACUGAUUAAGUCGGAGAAAUGCUGUAUAUGUAUAUAUAAGUGUGUGUGUAUAAUAAAAAAAGGGAAAAGAAAUAAGGACAAUAAAUAAAAGAAGAACGAUUAAAGGGAGGGAGGGCGAACAGAGAGGAGGAGAAACAAUAGAGAAUCAAAGCAUAAUAAUAUUCCUAAAUGAAGAGGGAAAUGUUGCUCCGCUCAUUUUAUUAAUCAGACUGUCAAUUUCACCCAAGAGGCCAAACCCAAGAGCAAUCUAAAACAGACUCAGAGAUCAACCCAGGGACAAGCACCUCGCUCCUCACUCCUCUCCUCUUCUCUCUCCACUUGGAUAUUAUUCGUCUGACCGAAGGCCGCCUCCAUCAUCAAGUGACAGCCCUCUCCUAUUUAUUUGCUUAUAAACCUGUUACAAUAAAUGAUCAUUGGAGCAACGUCAGCCGAGCAUUUUAACAACGAACAGCAACCACUUUUGAUGAAUGACAUUUUUUGCUGCUGCUGCUGCUGCUGCUGUGGUGGUGGUGGGGAGGAUGCACGGCUCAUUUUGAGGCAGUCGCUCGUCGAUUGCUAUUCAGAUUCUUUUCGUUUUUUUGCGUCUUGCUUAUAAAAAGCUUUAGAGACAGUUUAUUUAGAGACAGUUGCUGAGUUGCAUGCGGAUUUAAAAGCUCCCGACACAACUCAUUGGUGCUCCAGCCCCCCUUUGGACCAAGUGUUGGGUUUUUCUUUUUUUUUUUUCUCCUUCGUCGUCGUCGUCGUCGCCGUCGCCUUGCACGGGCUUAAUGAUGGAGAGGAUAAGAAAAGAGAUGAUAUUGAUGGAGAGAGGUCUGCACAGUCCGGUCGCAGGGAAGAGGCUCUCAGACACGCCUGGAAAUUCAGUGCUGGAGGCCCUAGAAAACUCUCAGCACAGCGGACGGCUAAGCCCGAGAAUAACUUCGGCUUCUCUCCAUGGAAAUCUUGGGGACAUCCCGACCAAAGGCAAAUUUGAAAUUGACAGUCUUUUCGGCACGCACCACAACAGUGAAAACACAUCCUCGGCGGAAAUUUCAUCGUCAGAAAGCAGAAAGAAAAUGAGCCUUUACUCCGAAGUUUCGCCAGAUUCAGACAUUAACAGUGAUGUGGAGGUGGGAUGCCCUGCGCAUCGCUCCCCGAGCCAGCACAAGGAGAACAACAAAGGUUUUUCAGACAGUGGCUCCUCGAGCUCAAACUCCCUCGCGAACAUGAACGGUAACUCGGGAGGAUCAAAUAAUUCAAAUUCCGACCAAGUGAGAAGAUAUCGGACUGCUUUCACCAGGGAACAGAUCGGGAGACUGGAAAAGGAAUUUUACCGGGAAAAUUACGUCUCAAGACCGAGAAGAUGUGAACUAGCCGCAGCGCUAAAUCUGCCCGAAACUACCAUCAAGGUGUGGUUCCAGAACAGGCGGAUGAAGGAUAAAAGGCAGCGUUUGGCGAUGUCCUGGCCCCAUCCAGCAGACCCCAGCUUCUACACUUACAUGAUGACGCAUGCGGCAGCUACAGGAAGCCUACCUUACCCUUUCCACUCGCACAUGCCUCUACAUUACUACCCGCACGUCGGUGUCACGGCAGCAGCAGCGGCCGCCGCAGCCACCGGUGCCGCCUCGUCACCUUUCGCCACAUCCAUCCGUCCCCUCGAUACCUUCCGUGCACUCUCCCACCCAUACUCGAGACCAGAGCUCUUGUGCAGCUUCAGGCACCCGGGACUCUACCAGUCACCCGCAGGCCUUAAUAGUUCAGCGGCGGCGUCGGCGGCGGCUGCGGCCGCUGCAGCGGCGGCGGCGGUGAGCGCACCGUCAGCCACGGGGCCUUGUUCGUGUCUCAGCUGCCACAGCAGCCAAGCGGCGAGCGCACUGGGAGCCAGGAGCACCAGCGCUGACUUUACCUGCACAGCUUCGGGGCAAAGAUCCGAGAGUGGAUUUUUGCCGUAUUCUGCUGCUGUUCUCAGCAAAACCUCAGUACCGUCACCAGACCAACGAGAAGAAACUUCACUUAACAGAUAACUCAUCAUCAUCCAGCCCUACAUGACCGUUUUCCUAUUUUUUGCUCCAGUCCUACUUUAGAGGAUAAGACCUACUUUCAAAAAUUAAAAAAAUAAAUCACAGCUGGGUUAAAGCAGUCGUUUAGGCUAUUAGGCAACACACACACACACACACGAAGAUUAAUUUCUAUAAAGUCUCAUUCAAGCCCGAAAGACUCUUUAUAUAACAACAACAAAACAAAAAAAACACGAACAGCUAAGCACCGAAAUUUUUGCAACUCAUAAAAAAAAAAACUUUUUUCUAAAAAGCUUGUGUGCCCUUGUGUUGUAGACAUUUUAUUUUUAUUUUUUUAAACGGGGCUGUGCUGGAUUUAAAUAAGCAGCUCUGUCCUCGAUCAUUGUGCCAUUUCAUAUUUCAAAUAUUUUUCACAUCUCACAUUUUUGCGGCUCAAAUCUCCAGAAAAAAAAAACCCAAGCCUGGCUUCUCUCUCUUACCCCCCUUUCUCACUCCUCAAACGUGAGCUAAUUAUGCUAUCCUCUAAAUUUAGAUAGCACAAGGUCCUGCUUUUUUCUUUUUUUUUUCCUUUCCUGCCCAGCAGCAUAUCUUUCUUCACUAUAAGCCUAAUAGACUUUUUUUUUCCCUUUCUUCUUCUUUUGGCAGGAAUAGCUUCUCCAACAUCCAGCCUCCUCUUUGCUCUAUAGGGACACCCCUAAUCAGCUAGAAAAGGUGCAUAUAAUUUUUGCAGCGCGUCUAUUCCUGUCAAUUUUUAUGUUAAUAAUGAGAGGAUCAUGACAAAAAUUGCCAAUCAUGUACCUAGAUGGAGCUCCUUUGAAUACAUGACUGGAAGAAAGUUCCUCGUUUUGAGACCCGCUGUCAAGUGCUAACAACCCGCGGAGGGAAGUCAUUAGACAUACAAAAGACCUGGAACAAAGCGACAGUCCUGGUACACAGAAUGCACUGCACAAGGAGAAUAAUCUGACAGAUGUAUGCUUUCAAAAAUAUUACAUACAAAGCAGCCUGCAAAGAAAACCCUCCAUUUUUUUUGUCUUAGCUGAUAAUGGGAGAUACCUCGACUAUAGCAGCAUCUUUUAUUUUAUUUACAUUUACUGAACCUCAUUAUAUCAUAUCCAGAAUUUUCAUAAGUGUGUAAUCCCUUUAGGACCUCUUCACUCAACACACACACACACCUACACACACACAUACACAAUGACGACAAGGACUGAGCAAGGCGAAGGUUCAGACAAAAUAGCCUGGCUUUACAAUCCUGUCUGCGCCUGUAAAAAUGGCUAUGUGCUAUUUUAUUCGUUCCUGUUGGGACAUCACCAAUAUGUUAAUUAUAAAACAUGUGAACUGUAAAUCGUGAAAUAUUUUGCAAAUAUUAUGAAUAGCCCUACUGAUAGUUGGAAAACUGAAUUAUUGA